AUGUCUCAGAACCCUUGGACGCCCUGUGCAGCAGAUUAUAAACCGCAGCUGCUGCCUCUGCUGCAGCAGCUCUGGAGCUUCUUGCUGCAGCAGACUCCUCCUGCACCUUUUAUUGUUAAUAUAUACUCGUGGUUUGCUGCUAUGGGUGGACAUAUAUCUAUUCCUGCUGCUGUUGGUGCUGCACCAGCACCUUCUGCUGCUGCUGUAGCAGAAGCAGCAGCAGCAGCAGCAACUACUGCAGCAGCAGCAGCUGCUGCUGCUGCUGUUGAUGCUGUAACUGGGAAUGAUAAAAAGACAGAAGCAACAGCAGAAGCAGCAGCAGCAAAGGACAAUGCUUCUUCUUACUCUUCUUUCUCAGCAACAGCAGCAGCAACAGCAGCAGCAACAGCAACAGCAACAGCAGCAGCAACAGCAGCAGCACGAGCAGCAGGUGCAGCAGCAGGAGCAGCAGGAGGAUAUGAAGCAGCAGCGCAUGACGGAGUUCACCGAUAUCUAUUUAAUAUGGACAUGCAAAUAGAUAUGCACAGAAUUGCGCUAUGCAAACAUAAUAUGACGAACUUAGACAUCUGGAUCGGAGAGACAGGCUGGCCGACAGCAGGAGGUUUAAAAGCAGCAGCAAGAAACGCAGAGAUAUAUUUCUUUAAUGCAGCAAGAAGAGCAGCAGGAUUAGAUCUAUUGCCUGCAGCAGAACUUACAUCUACUACCAUUGAAGCAGCAGCUAAAGUUGCAGCAAGUGCUGCAGCAAAUGCUGCAGCAAGUGCUGCAGCAAGUGCUGCAGCAAAUGCUGCUGCUGCUCAACAUGCAUAUCCAUCUCAUCAACUGGGUGUAAAAGCAGCAGAUAUUGCAGCCAAAGCAGCAGCACAAGCUGCUGAAGCAGCAACAGCAGCAGGAGUAGCAGCAGCAGCAGAAGCAGCAGCAGCAGAUAAUAUACGCCUUCCUUAUAUACCCUAUCCCCUCUUCUUAUUUGAAGCCUUCGACGAACAAUUAAAGUUUGAGAUUGAGCACGGCAACCAAUAUGAGAACCACUUCGGCCUCUUCACAGAAGAAGCAGCUCCUAAGUUCUUUCUUAAGAAGAAGAAGAAGCAGCAGCAGCAGCAGCAGCAGCAGCAGCAGCAGCAGCAGCAGCAGCAGCAGCAGCAGCAGGAGCAGCAGGAAAAGAAUAUUUAUUAUUACUCUAAUUCUAAUUCUAUUUAUCAUCAUCACACAAUCUUUAAUAGUAAAGAUCAUCCUCCUUUUUCAUAUAAUACACUUGCUGAGGUGUACAGGCAGCUCAAUAAACAAACAAAAAAUAAUGCUGCUGCUUUUCUGCAAGCAGCACAACCUAUGAGUUCUGCUGCUGCUGCAGCAGCAGCUGCUGCAGCUGCUGCAGCUGCUGCAGCAACUGCAGACAUUGCAGAACAAAUCAGCAAUGCAACAACAGCAGCAGAAGCAGCAGCAGCAGCAGCAGCAGAAGCAGCAGCAGCAGAAGCAGCAGCAGCAGCAGCAGAAGAAGAAGUAGAAGAAGAAGAAGAAGAAGACAGAACUAUGCUUAUCUUUUCUCAUUCUCUUCUUCUUAGCUCCCCGGACGUACAGCAGCUAACGGAGCUGCAGAAGCAGCAUAAAAGCAGAGAGUUGCUGCUGCAGCUGCAUCAGCAGCAACAAAAAAAACAAAAGCAGCAGCAAGAGCAGCAGCAGAAGCAGCAGCAGAAACAGAAACAGCAGCAAAAGCAAAAACAACGACAGAAAAAACAGCAGCAGCCAGAGCAGCAGCAAAAGCAACAGCAAAAGCAGCAGCAAGAGCAGAAGCAAGAGCAGCAGCAGGAGCAGCAGCAAAAGCAGCAGCAAAACCAACGCCCUAGAGAAGGACACCCACAACCUUCAACAGAACACAACAGCAAACAGCAGCAGCAACGCGCAGCAGCAGAAGCAGAAGCAGCAGCAGCAACAGCAGCAGAAGAGCCAGCAGCGGCGGCAGAAGCAGCAGAAGCAGCAGCAAAAGCAGCAAAACAUUUUGCUUCUGACAAUGAAGAGAAAGCUGCAUAG